AUGCUGAAGCUGGUGCUGGUGCGGCACGGGCAAGCCGAGACCAAUCUCACCCAUGCCGUUGGCCGUAACAACCACGUUCAGUUGACGGACAUGGGCAAGGAGCAGGCGCGCAAGCUCGGCCAGUAUUGGCGAGAGCAUGACGUUGAGUUCGACCACGUCUUUGCCUCUGAGGCCGUUCGCGCGACCGACACUGCCAAGAUCUUCCGCGGUGAAUGGGAGGGCCAGUCGGCGAACCACCUCUUUGUGGGCGAGACAUUGGCGACAUACCUCGCCGAUCCGCACAACUUCAGGGCGCCCGGCGGCGAGUCCGAGAAGGAGGUCGAGGAGCGCAUGCACGCCUUCUUCGAUGCCACCGUGCUUCCGCUCUACCAACGAUUCGUCCAGGAGGAAGAGGAAAGGCGCGCGAAGGAGGGGGAAAUUGGCCAUGCCGAAGCCCAUAAGCCCCGCGAGUUGAAGGUGGCGAUCAUCAGCCACGGCUGCGGCCUGAGGUGCUUCCUUCGUCGCGUGCUGGGCACCGAAUCCAAGCUUUUCCGUUUCGAGCUGAGCAACACGGCAACGAGCGAACUCACACUCCGCGGCACCGAGUGGACAGUUAGGACGCUCAACUGUACCGCACACCUGCACUAA